GGGGGGGGCAGGCACCAGCCGAAAGCAGCCGCUACUGCCUCUUAAAGCCUAGGUGCUCCUCAUUACAGCUCCAGACUGAUAGACACAGAGCAGGGGAGGGCUGGAGACAGAGAGAGGGACGAGGAAGGAGAGAGAGAAAUUGUGCAAAGGGACAGUUAGGAGAUAAGCAGUCCUGCUCGUGUGCUCACCCUUCCUUGGCUGCAGCCUCCCCACUGCACCACCUGAGGCACACAUACUGACACACACAUACACACACUCUUACACACACACACACACACCCGGGGAGGUGUUUCAGGGAGGUUAACAGGGCUAACAAUCCAGGGAAAGAGGGAAUUAAACAGUUUUUGUUUUUCAAUCCGCUGCGUCCACACUCAGGAGAGAGAAAAGGGAUUACAGCUUGUACUCCUGCCCCACUUAUUCCUGUCUUCUGUCUGCAUUCUAUUGUUACUGAGUAACUUUGGAGAUUUUUUUCGGAUACAACCUUCUUGAAUUGUUGGUCCGAGCAAAGAGAGGCAUGGCACACGGACAAAAGAGCCACAGGUGGUCACUAACCCAGGGCUCCUUCAGCUUGGCACUGGGCCUGUCGCUCCUCUCCCUCCUGCUCCUCACCGUCUCGGCCGCAGAUGAGUACGACUACUACAGCUGGCAGUCGGACAACUUCCACAAUGGCCGCUUCUACACCAAGCAGCCCCAGUGUGUGGACAUACCAGCUGACCUGCGCCUGUGCCACAACGUGGGCUACAAGAAGAUGCGGCUGCCCAACCUCCUGGACCACGAGACCAUGCCAGAAGUCAAGCAGCAGGCGGGCAGCUGGGUGCCGCUCCUGGCCAAGCGGUGCCACGCUGACACCCAGGUCUUCCUGUGCUCGCUGUUUGCGCCGGUGUGCCUGGACAGACCCAUCUACCCCUGCCGCUCGCUGUGUGAAGCCGUGAGGGACAGUUGUGCUCCGGUGAUGGAGACCUAUGGCUUCCCCUGGCCGGAGAUGCUGACCUGUGACAAGUUCCCCAUUGAUAACGACCUCUGCAUCCCCAUGCAGUUCACUGGGAAUCAUGUGACGCAGCCACCAGUGUCGAAGGCGUGCCCUCCGUGCGACAAUGAGAUGAAAGCCGACAACAUCAUGGAGCAUUACUGCGCUAGUGACUUCGCCCUCAAGAUGAAAAUUAAGGAGGUGAAGAAGGAGAAGGGCGACAAGAAGCUGAUCGCAGCGCAGAAGAAAAAGCGGGUGCUGAAGCAGGGCGUGCUGAGGAAGAAGGACCUGAAGAAACUGACCCUGUACAUCAAGAACGGCGCCAACUGCCCGUGCUCGCAGCUGGACAGCCUGGGCUCCAACUUCCUCAUCAUGGGCCGCAAGGUGGACCAGCAGCUGCUGCUCAUGUCCAUCCACAAGUGGGACAAGAAGAGCAAGGAGCUCAAGUUCGCCAUCAAGUACAUGAAGUCCCAUCAGUGUCCCACCUACCACACCGUCUUCCAGUGACCGGUGGACUCGCAGCACAGUCCACGAUCGCUCCCCACACUCCGCCCUGUUAAAUCCUAAUUCUCGUUCCACUAGUGCAUCCCUGAACCCCACACCCCCCUGCACGGCCUUCUACCAGCCCACGACUCUGUUCGACGGGGGGUUGCAGGGGGGCCUUGCUUUUAUUUUCUCAGCUUUAUCAUGAGUCAGGUCGUCGAAGGGGGGGGUCGUUCUGAUCCGCUGAGAUAAAUCAGGCAUGUUAAUGUCGGAGUUUCUAAAAGCAGCACGCUCUGCAGCUCCAUCCCCAAAAAUAUGGACCAAGAAAAAACAUAGAUUUAUGGCAUUUAUGAAUAAAAACUGACAUUUACACUUCUACCCCCUGCUAUUUAAUAAACUGUUUACUAUUUAAUAAACCUCCUUAACAAUUCUCCUUUCCUUUUCUGAUAUAGCAGAACCAAUCACUUGUAUGAUAUCUUACAGCAAAGUUAUGGAUAGGACCGCAGCAUUAAGAAACGGGAGCCUAAAGAUUUGAUUGAUUAUAGACAGACAGAAUUGGGAGGAGGAAAGGCCGAGUUUGUUUCUGUGUAAAAAGAAAAGCUGAGAGGAAUGACACGCUGGUGACGCUACAGUAAAUGUGGGCUGUGCAAUGGGCCAGAGCACACACCGGCUACAGCAAAGCAGAGAAAUGUAGACGACCCACUAAACUGUAUGUUUUAAUAAUGAUGUAAAAGUAGGAAAUUCAAAUGAAUACUAGAUCAUUAGAAACAGGGCUUUUUUUAUUUCCUCCCUGCUGGGAUAGAAGACGGAUGGAGCGAGACCGACUGACGGACAGGUUGAUGCUUUCACUGACUUUGUACAGAACCGUUUGUUUUUGCGGCUUGAAAGAGGGAAACUUGAAUCAUUUUUUUUGCGUUUUGAAUCGGGGGAGAGAGACGGAGGUUAAGGCAGAGAAGACAUCUUCCUGAACACAAGUGGAGAAUAAAGGAGAAGGAACGAGAGAGAAAGAGACUCUGGACAGAACCAACAAUGUUGGGUUGAUAAGUCUCUGGUUCUCGCUAUUUUUCACUAUCACUCUUCAAAUGUUCCUUUUUUUUUGUACUUACAUUUUUAAAAACUUUGCUUCAGUUAAACUUCUAUGGUAUGAAAGCAGAAAUCCUACAUACAGACAUAACGCCUGAAUUCACUGUUGCCGUAGACAUGAGAGAUGAAAUUUUGAUAUUUUCUAAUCAGUUAACCUGUAAGUAGUUCUGUUACUGAAAUACAUCUUUGUUUUACAAAAAAGUAAAUGAAUAAAAUAUAUUUGAAAUUUUUAUAAACAA